CGGCACCAGUAAAGUCAAAUUCCUGUCAGAAAGUUAAAUGUCAACAAAGUUUGAGCGAUUUUUCAAAAAAAUAUUACUCUUUUUUCCCUUUAAACUUACUUGUUAUGGGUACUCCAAAUAAAAGAAAAGACAUAAUGGAAGACGACAAAAAUGCAAAAAGACCUAAGAAAGAAUGUCCUUAUGGGGAUAAAUGUUAUAGACUUAACCCUAUACACUUCAAAGAAUAUAGCCAUGAACAUUUGGAAUCCAUCCUGGACUCAUACACUGGAAUCGGAGACUUUCCAUUACCGUCCAAGUUUAAUACGCAGAAGCAGAUGUACGUGGAUCAGCUGAAGAUGUUGAUACACAAGCAGUUGUAUGCUCCGGGGAAGAACUUCGAGGCGGAGGCUAGUUGUAGCACAACUCCAAACCAAUCAAGCUCCUCAGAAAAUAAAACAAAAGAGAAAAUAGAACAAGCAUUAAAAGUCCCAGAAACGAACAUCAGUAAAUCACCAGUUAGUAAAGACAAAUCACCAGUACGCAAAGACAAAUCACCAAGAACCAAAGACAAAUCACCAGUACCCAAAGACAAAUCACCGGUCAGCAGGAGUGGUGAUAGCAAGACGGUGAGGAGUAGGAGUGGCGAUGUGAGAUCACCAAUGAGUAGAAGUGGUGAUAGUGUGGGAGAGAGUAGGGGUGAAGGCAGUCGCUCGGCGCCGAGUGUGUCGCGGAAGAAAGAUACCGAAUACCGCCAAAUAGUGCCUCCGGUAGGCCGGCCUCAAGAUUACCUCUCUGUAGUUCUACCCCAAGGGAAAAUGGCCGCGAAGCACGCCGCCGCGGCCCCCUACUAUAUAUUCUACACAACCAUAGCGGCCGCUAAAGAAACGCAUACACAGCCCUAUUCAAUAACACUCUCAGAAAUCUUGGACCAUAGCUUGGGAGAAUUGAAAUGCUCCUUACAAAUAAACUUCAUGGUUGACAUAGCUUGGCUGUUGGCACAAUACUAUUUCGCUGGAUAUAGAGAUAAAAAACUUACAAUAUUGUAUGGAGAAGAAAGUCCAGAUUUGAAAACUAUUGCGACGAAGAAACCACAGGUAGACGCUCAUAUGGUACAAAUGUCAACUCCAUUUGGAAAGCAUCAUACAAAAAUGAUGAUAUUGUGUUACGAAAAUGGAUCGCUACGAGUUGUUAUAUCAACUGCCAACUUAUAUUGGGAUGAUUGGGAGAACAGGACACAAGGGCUCUGGUUCAGCCCGUCAUGCCCGGAACUGCCUCCUGACGCCAUGCCUCAUGAUGGAGAGUCCCCCACCAUGUUCAAGCGCAGCCUGCUGCGGUACCUCCACCACUACCACCUGCCGCAGCUCGGGUACUACGUCGACAGGGUCAAACGAUGCGACUUCAGUCAUAUAAACGUAUUCCUGGUAGCCUCAGUCCCGGGCUCCCACUUCGACUGUGACUGGGGCAUGACUCGCGCCGGGUCGCUGCUGCGCCAACACUGCAGCAUCCCGCCUGAAGACAACAGGCUCUGGCCGCUCGUGGCACAGGCCAGCAGUAUUGGCAGCUUCGGGAAGGAGCCCAAGUUAUGGUUGACUGGCGAUUUUCUUCACAAUUUCACGAAAAUCAAGAAUCAGUCGCAACUGUUGUCCAGCCCGCCGGAGUUGAAAAUUGUUUAUCCAUCAUUAGAGAACGUGAGACAAUCUCAUGACGACCUGCUAGGCGGCGGCUGCCUGCCCUACGCCGCCGACGCCCACGCGAAACAGAUGUGGCUCAUGUCUUACCUAUAUCAAUGGCAGGCCAAAUCAUCGCAUCGUAAUAAGGCCAUGCCUCAUUUGAAGAGCUAUACGCGGGUGUCUGGCGACAGGGCAGCGUAUUACCUGCUGACCUCGGCUAAUAUCAGCAAGGCUGCUUGGGGGCAACUGAACAAGGGCAAUGGGGCCUUGAGAAUCAUGAGCUAUGAGGCCGGAGUACUGUUCCUACCUAGUUUUGUGAUAAACCAAGACUACUUUCCUUUACAAAAGCAAGCGAAAAACCGUUUAAUAAUACCGUACGACUUCCCCUUAACUAAGUACACAGCUGAUAUGUCUGCCUGGGUGUCGGACUACCUCAGAUAGAUUCAUCAUGAGAUACAGCUGCAGCAGACAGACGGACAGAAAGCAAAGGCUUUACAGAACCAUAAAAAAAACACUUUAAGAGGUGGUGAUAGACCUUGAUUUCACACAGCUUCAUACAAUACGGAAAAUAAUAAUCAUCAUCGUAGCCUGUUCCCAACUAUGUUGGGGUCGGCUUCCAGUCUAACCGGAUUCAGCUAAGUACCAGUGUUUUACAAGGAGCGACUGCCUAUCUGACCUCCUCAACCCAGUUACCUGGGCAACACGUUAUUUACAUGGUGUAUGUGUAUCCCGCAGUGUCGUGUGUCCAAUUUAUAUUUUACUAUUUUUUUCUAUAUUAUCAAAAUGAAUGUUACCUACUUAAAAAAUAAUAAUAAUAUGUUUUAAUCGUAAUGUAUAAAAAAUAAGUCUUUUGCAAAAUAAUUUGUUGUAAUAUUGUUAUUUAAUCUAAAAAAAUAUUAUUUUUCGGUAAUAACAUUAUUUGGGCUUUUUUAAACAUAAGUUUUAAAAUGUAGUUCUGCAAAAACUGUGAUUGUCAUAAAAUGUCAAGUGUUUUUAACUCUAAUUGUUGUUUUUAUGUAAUCAUUGAUAUUUUUUUUGGAAUAAAAUGGAUAAUUGUGUA